AUGUUUUCAAAAGCUUUGAAACAGUCGACUUUAUUGCCCAAAGCGGCCAACAUCUUCUCGGGAGCCUCUGCCCUACGAGCUCGAUCGCUGGCGACUGUGGCGGACAACACCACUCGACAACAGCAGUUCAAAAGCACCACCCCGACUCGAGAAAGGGCGACAUUUACCAUCCGUAACGGACCGAUCUUCGACGGCGUAUCCUUUGGUGCUCGGAGCAACGUCUCGGGAGAGGCCGUGUUUACUACCUCGCUUGUGGGAUAUCCUGAGUCACUCACCGAUCCCUCAUACCGUGGCCAGAUUCUGGUCUUUACUCAACCCCUGAUCGGUAACUAUGGUGUUCCCUCCAACGCUCGAGACGAGCAUGGCCUUUUGAAAUACUUUGAGAGCCCGAACAUUCAAGCAGUGGGCGUGGUGGUUGCGGACGUGGCAGAGAAAUAUUCCCACUGGACUGCUGUGGAGAGUCUGAGCGAGUGGUGUGCAAGGGAAGGCGUUCCAGCCAUCAGUGGUGUUGACACCCGGGCCAUUGUGACCUUUUUGCGAGAGCAAGGUUCCAGCCUGGCUAGAAUCACCAUCGGAGAAGAAUACGACGCAGAUCAGGACGAAGCCUUUAUUGAUCCGGAGCAGAUCAACCUUGUGCGAAAGGUCAGCACCAAAGCUCCCUUUCAUGUCAGCGCUGCGUCUCCUAAUGCCCACAUCGCCGUGAUCGAUUGUGGUGUCAAGGAGAAUAUUCUUCGCAGCCUCGUCAGCCGAGGUGCCAGUGCCACUGUCUUCCCAUUCGACUAUCCGAUCCACAAGGUUGCUCAUCACUUCGAUGGCGUUUUUAUCUCCAACGGCCCUGGUGAUCCAACCCACUGCCAAGAUACUGUCUACCAUCUGCGGAAGUUGAUGGACUCGUCUCAAAUUCCCAUCUUUGGAAUCUGUUUGGGCCACCAGCUCCUUGCUUUGGCCGCUGGAGCCAGGACCGUCAAACUCAAGUAUGGCAAUCGAGCACACAAUAUCCCAGCUCUCGAUCUUACGACCGGGAAAUGCCACAUCACCAGCCAGAAUCAUGGAUAUGCGGUGGAUGCAGCAACCCUGCCAAAAGGCUGGAAGCCUUACUUCCUCAAUCUGAACGACAACUCUAACGAAGGUCUUAUCCACGAAUCUCGACCCAUUUUCUCGACGCAGUUCCAUCCGGAAGCCAAGGGUGGUCCGCUUGACUCGUCAUACUUGUUCGACAUGUACCUGGACAAUGUACAGAAAUACAAGGAGAGCCAGGCGGCGUCUCAGCCUUACCGAGACAGCAAACCAAGUCCUCUCCUGGUCGAUCUCCUGGCGAAGGAGCGAGUGGGUGUCGACUUGACCCAAGGCAUUCAGAACAUGAUGGCCUCGACGACGCAGGAACCUGAGCGCGUAUACGCAGCUGGCGCAGCAUAA